UUGAUGGAAUGGAUGUAAGCGAUAUGCCAAGUCUCAGCAGCAAUAUGUAAAAUGUUAAAUAUUGCUUGGGUAUGAUUGUAACAUAUGAACCUUUUCUUACAGCACUGUUUUAUAAAACAUCGAAACAAGAUGCAUUGAUAAUGUUUAUUAUGGUAACUAAAGAUACAUCUUUUAGGAUCAAAAGGAAGUAAAAAACACACAAUCAUCAUGGAAGAGUUGCUGCAGGUUUUAGUCAAAGAUGCCCAUGCUGCCAAAUUUCAGCCAAUCCGUUCUGCAGCUCAGUUGGCAUUGGAUACAUUGUCAACUCAAAGUGAAGCAGAGAAAUUGGCAGCAUUUGAACUGAGAGAAAAAUGUUUGCUGCCUUUACAUCUGGCGUUAGAAAGCAAAACCAAGCGACUGAUGACUCACGCCUUAUCAGGAAUAGAGAAAAUGUUGAAGGAUGAGAGAUUCCAGUCCAGCCUGGAGUCGGCCAGUGAGGACCAGUGGCUUCCCCUGCAGAUACUGAGCACUGUGUACAGUACACCAAACCUGCCAGAGGAAAUACAGGCAGACAUCAUGAAGCUGCUGUUAAAAAUGGCCCUUUCUACGGCUUGGUGCAUGAAUACAAAGAUUGUUACCCGUAUCUCACAGGUGUUCAUAGACACAUACACAUGCUCGGGUAGCUCAUGUAACCUCCGAGGCCUGGUGCAGGCCGCCCUGGCCCAGCUCCUUGGCAGCUACUCCGAGAGACUGUCUAGUGCUUUAAAGCAUGGGGUGAGCACGGCUGCAGAUGUCAUGUCAGAUUUUUAUCCGAAAGAGGACCAUGUGGCUGAAAGGCUGAUGUCCGAUGUGGUCAGUCUGCUGUACUUCCUGUCUGAGAAAAUCACCAUGGCAAUGAAGGCUGGCCAGUGCAAGCAGGCUGUUCCAUUGCUGUUGGAGGGUGUUCUGGCCAUCUUGACAAACUCUCCAGAGAAACUCCAGACAUUUACAGAGUUUCAGCAGCUUGUGUGGCAGAGCCUGUGUCCCACACUGAUCUCGCUGCUAGGUAUGCCCAAGUCAGACAAGGGCAAGCCAGCGGGGGAUCCCAGCAAGAACAUGGACUCCACCCUGCUGUCUCCCACCACAGCCAAAAUCAUCUACAGUAUUUCUGUGCAAAUCUGCAAAAUGCUGGGUCCAGUGCAGUCUCUACGCCCAGUGUUGGAGUCGCUGUUUCACCGCAUGCUCAUCUGUUCCUCUCCAUUACAGAGACACGAUGCUGUCAAGGCAAUUAGAGAGUUGCUAAGCGACCCUCGUAAGCUGUGUGACAUCUCUGUGGCCUACGUAGAGGAUGAGAGGAACGGCAGCAAACCUGCCAAGAAGACCAAUGAUCUGGCUCUUAUCAAGCUAUUCAUGGAGAGUAUACGUGAAUGCUGCCACACUAGCGACUCUUCCCUGUGCUUCACCUGUGUGCUCUGUGUUUCUGACCUUCUGACUUCUAUACAACAACUUGACAACGGUUGUGGUCUCCAUGACGACAGUGUCAAGGUCAUUGAGAGAAAGUACUUGCGUACUCAAGACAAAAGGCUGAGUCUGUCAGAACGUGCAAUUUCUGUGACAUCUCAGUCAGACAUUGAAGAUCCACCUCUGAACACAAAUAACUCGAAUGUCUACAAUAAUUCUGAUGCUAACAAUUUGAAUAAGACUGCAAAUACUUCAAACUCAUUGGAAAAUGGUGAAUUUCUAAAGUCAACAAAAAAUGACUGUAAAUUGGGAACCAUAGAGACCAAGAACUCAAAUCACACUGAAAAUACAUCUGAAGAUGGAAAAGAGAAGUCAGAUGAUGUUAUUGACAAUCACAAAACAGAAGAAAAGGUCAGUGAACAAACUGCAAAGGUCAGAGAAAAUACUGGGUCAAAGGUCAAGGAGAGGUCAAAUCCUCGUGAAAGUUUGUCAGACGGCAUGAAGCUUGGGGAAAAUGAAAAGAAGAGUGCCAGAUGCUUCAUAGAUGAGCUGGCCAGGACUAUACCCCAUCUGUUGUCUCUGUAUACAGUCACAGACGUGGAUGAGGCUUUACAAGAAUUUGCCUCCGAUUUUGCUGAGAACAACAUGGGCCAGCUAGAGUCGCAGGUAGGCACUGAUGGUCACCUGACCACGAUGCUGAACGCUGACAGUAUCUACUCCACGUCCUACGCAGUCCUCUGUCUGAGUCUGCACCUGCAUAUGAACAACUUCCACACCCUCGGUCAUAGGAGUCUCAUACCAGUGACUGAGGGAGCGUUCCAGGACAGUGUUCUGGACACUGACAUGUUCCUGUAUCUGUCCCCAGACUGGCUCUCCUACGUGUACCAGGCCAUACUGGCCGAGGACAUCCUGGAACCAUUCACAGGCAUUCUGGAGGAUGACUCGCCCCUGGUCUGGGCACUCACAGAUAUUGAUGGAGACAGCAGCCUGGGAGGCCAGAUGAUGAGGAACAGUGUCUCUCGUAUGCAGGAGGAGAUUGUGGUAACCGGGCACAAUGUGCAACAUGCUCAAGCAGGAAAGCUAAUAGCCAACCAGAUCCUGCAGGCCUGCUGGGAUAGCAUUCUAGACAUACUGACGACCGUUCUGAGUGGCAAGAGUGUGAUAGGGGCCACCAACAUGCUCGCCAUCAUGAUAGGGACAGACGGGGCCAAGGAAGAGACCCUGCGUCGUAGGGACGCCCUCUGUAAAUGCCUUGAUGGCCUGCAGAUAGCUGCAAAGCUGUGUUGUUCUCUAGGCCUUCAAGAGCGUUGUGAGAGUGUAUUCACGUUACUGGCCAACACCUCGUGUGUGAUGGAGGACUUGAUUCACGCCAGUCAGGUAUCCCCGGGAGAGCGGGCGGGCCAGAAGGGUGGCACCCUUAUGCCCCAGGCCAAGCCCAAGCUGGUCACGCUGCACGCGUCCCACGUGCUCAGUAUGGACGCUAUCAUGACUACCGGCCUGGAGAUUGGUAGUCACUCUAUCGCUUGCUGGAAACAGGUCUUCAGGUGCUGUGCUUUUAUUUCGGAGCUGGAGCGUACGUAUUUCAGUGGAGGUAACAAUCAGUCCAGUUUGCCAAGAAUUCAACAGGAGCAGUCCACACCAAUGGUUGCAGCCCUUGAAGAGGGGGAAGAUGACAUUUACACCAUACCACUGACCCCUAUAGUCCCAGUAGCCCCUAAGAUCAAUGUGGCCACCCUGAUUGCCCAGAGCAGUAUAGAGUCGGGGUGGGACAGGGCAAAAUCAGGGGCCGGGGAGCUGAACUCUGUACAGGCCUCACAGGCCCUCUGUGGUCUUAGUCAACAAGUGGACCGGGUAUUUGAGGAUGCUGCAAACAACUUGAACAUGAGAGCAUUGUCUGGUUUCCUCAGUAGUUUGUGUGAAGCAAGCAAACAGCAGUUGCAAAAACUAAGCCGAAAGCUUGCGGAGUUGGAGGAACACCCGACUGACACGCCUAUAACACCCCUCAACUCCCUGCAUCUGUACAGACUGCAGAGUGUGCUCAUAAAGGUUGCCCAUAGCAACCGCCCUCUCAUCCACAUCAUCAAGGCUUGGAGUGUGGUGUCCGCAUAUUUAGUGGAGUCUGCAGGUCACAGGGACCGGAGUGUAUCCAAGAUGGCAGUGGCAUGCGUUCAUGACUUCAUCAUCACGGUGAUGUCCACACACAGUGAGCUGGGUCACUUCCACACGAACGAGAUGCUGUGUAAGACGUUUGAGAACAUCCUGUGUCUGGAGCUAUGUGACGGGGACGUGCAGGAUCAGAUUGUGUGCUCAAUCUGUGAGUUGGUGGAGGCGUCUGCUUCCGAUGUAAAGUCAGGGUGGCGGCCCUUGUUUGGAGCUCUCCGCGCAGUGAGGAUAGAAUACACCACAGUGGAAGAGGUCAAUGAGGCACGUCAGCGGCACAUUGAGGCCGUCUUGGAUGUGUUUGACGUGUACCUGAAUACUGACAACAUUGUUGUGUUUGCCAGCGCCACUGUAGACUGCAUACUCUGUCUGCUCAAGUAUGUCCGAGGACCAGGUGAGUUCUCAGACUCUGACACUGAUGACAGUGACUCGGAGCUCGAGUACCAGGUUGUGUCCACUUCCUGCGGGAACCUGUGCCUGCCCGCCCUGCAGUACCUGAGACAGUGCUCCCUGAUCCUGCAGUCCAUGCUGAACAUGCCGGCCUGCCCAGUGUUCCAUGGGGCCAAGAGAAUUCAAGUGGAUGCUCUAAGUCGUUGUAUAGACACAGUGAUUCUAAACAUUAACUUCAAGACGUUUUCUGAGCACUUCACACCAUACCAUGAGAAUGAGGCCAUUGCUGAAAGCUCUGAAAUGCUUCCGCCAAUAUCUGGGACUGAAAAUGUGGAUGAGCUGCCCUCUGGGGAUUCUGCUAGUCUGUUGUCGAAUGAUUCUGGGAUUCUUAUCUCCAAAUCUGAUUCUGAAUCAUCAAAGAUGGCCACUGAAUCAUCCAAGAUGGCCACCAAAUCCAAGAUGGCUGCCCGAUUAGUGCCAGAGAGGAUUGUAGGAUUGGAUGACCUUGACAAGCCCUCUGGUAUCCUGCAUGUCUGGUUCCUACUUCUUGAGGGAAUGUCUGGCGCCGUAUCCUCCUGCCCACGGGAAUUCCAACCCAAAACCAUGGAAAUGCUGUUCGAGUUGCUACGGGCUGCUUCUCAUGUCCCAGGGCCAGAGUUUGCGAUGUUCUGCAGCAAGCACCUGCUGUUUCCCAUGAUUCAAUCCUGGCUGAGGUCAGGCGCAAGGAAAUUUGGCUAUUGGGAGAUCGGUGCAACAAACUUCAAGCAGUGCUGUGGACAUACCACGGAUCUCAUAGUGGACCUCAUACAUGAGUUUAAGGGGGUCGAUAUUGAGGUAGCUAGGAACGUCCUGAGCCAGCUGUUGACCGUGCUGAGAGAGUGUGUGGCCAGUCCCACAGAGGUCAUAUCCAGGCUGGGCUGUUCAUGUAUAAGGCAUAUACUUCUGAGUGGCCACAAUGACUUCACUGAGAGCAUGUGGUCCAUCGUGAUUUCCAGCAUAGAGUGUGCCAUAGACUUGACCACCUACAGUCUGAAACAGCUCAUGCUUCUCUUCAAGGAGAAUUCAGAGAAUUUCUACGGGGAUAUUGGUCAAGUAAAGGUUGCCACUCGUAAAGACUGCACUCUCGCUGAAUUUGUCAGAACUUGGCAUUUGGCUCAGCAGGUAUUUCUAUUGGACAGCCAGGUGAGUGUGGAGCUACCCAGUGUAGAAGACUCAGAGGACAAGUCCUAUGUGUUCCUGCUCUACCCACCUGGCUAUGAGAACAGCCUCAACCCAGACCAUAUACUAGCCAGGGUUCCAUUCAGAAACAUAGUGGUUGGUCUUCUUUCACAUCAACUGCUGCUUCAGACUAUUGGCUGCAUUCUUCUAGAGGGAGAUAAUUCCAGCACAACAUCAGACAACCAUAUGCCAGGUAUGCUUUCCCAGUUACCUGCUGGACAUGUAAUCAAGCUUCUGGAUUGUCUGAUGCGGUCGUACCAGCUGGCCUGUGACUUCGACAGUCGACCAGGUCUGAAAUUCCUCGUUCAGAAGGUGGCCCAUACCGCCGUAGCUGUGAACCUGUUUAAGCAGGCAGGAGCCUCCAUGGUGUUCUAUAUUCAUACGCUGAUCAAAAUAUGUUCUCAUUUGCCAGAUCUUGAUAAAAAGUCAGUAAGAGCUCUUCUUGCCAAAACUGAUGAAGGGAAAAAUGAAGAGAGUGAAAAAGUUUUAAAGGAAAAAAAGCCUAGUGGAUUAAAUAUUGAAAGUAUCGAAAACCAAAAUGAAGUAGACAAGAAUGAACAUGAUUGUGAACUGAAAGGUGAUCAAUAUAACGAUGAAAAUGAACCAAAAAUUCACAGUGCGCAAAACAUGGACAAAGCAGAACAGUCUUCCAUUGGUGAAAAUGAAAAAACAUUUCCCAGCAAAUCCUUAACAAAUACUCCUACAUCAAUUGGUGCUUUGUUUUCUAAAACAGAAAAUAGUUCAUCCGCUGGAAUGCUACAGGGGCUUAAAAUCACCAAUAAUUCAUCAUACUUUGUCAACAAGCUGAAACUUGUUUGCGACAAUCUAUGCCAGACGUACAUGGAUAUUCUAUAUGACAAAGCUGGCACUAGCAUAGUGGACACCAUGGCUGAUCAGCAACUCUUCUUCCUCAUAGCUCAGCCUGACGAAUUCCCGGAGGUGAGGGUAUCAAAGGUCAAGGUAGACCAGGGGUCGUUGAGCAAGAAACUGGAACAGACCACUGCCAGGCUGCAGGGUCAGUCAACUGUCACCCAGGCUGCUGGAGUGCAAGACGACUUCACAGAAGUGGUCUCCCUUGGUGAGAAAACUGAGAAGCUGCAAGAGUUGUCUUUCCUGGAAGAGGAGCCCACCAAGAGUAAGCGGGAAAUGCGCACGGACAGUGAGAGUCGUGUUUACAACCUGGUCACAGACAAGCUGAUUAAAAACCUGAUGACAGAGUAUAAAAAGAGGAAGAGCCAGAAUGCUAUGCCAACGUUUUCUAAGGUGAGCAAAUCAGACAAGAAAGCUGACAAGUGCAAGAAGAAGCAGCCAUCUUGUGACCCAGUGGAGCAGGUGAUAGAGCAGCAACAGCAGACGUCAAUCAUGAAGGACAGUGAGGCCCACCUGCAGUCCUGGACAGAGCUGCUGUGCACCAUCCUGGGCCUCUUCCAGCAGCUCUCCAACGACAGAUUUACCUCCCUUCUCCCCACCGUGUUCUCGGCUGUCAAUCAUCUCGUCUGCCACGCCCAGGACAUGAGGUUGAAGGAGGAGCUAGCACAAUGGCUGCACCGGGUUGGUCAGUUGUACGAGCUGGGGACAGAGGAUAUGUCCAUUGUCUCGUCAUCCACUCCCAGCGCAUGAAGUUCGACACAGUGGAUGAACAUUGUAUUAUCUUUAUGAAGUUUUAUGACGCCUGAUUUAUAGGAAAUUGCCCCACUUAAAGUUUCUGCCACCUAUGUCCAACCCUUUUCAUCCAUUUUUCACCACAAUUCACUUUUCAAUUAUAUUUUGAAACUUAAGGCAUUACUGUUUUACAAACAGCAGCUUGUUGCAUAAAAUCCUUAUAAAAGGUGUUCUUGUCUGUCUGCUAAUGAUGUCAGUUUGUUGGAUGAGUAAGAAAAUAAAGCAAACUUGAAACUGUUGUUUAUGUUAAAAUCAUAAUACAUUUGUAGUUUCUUUGCAAUUUAUUUGGGACACAAUGAUAUGAAUGAUAGAUAGAUCUGUUAUUUUAUAUAAAUGUAAACAUGUCUAUUUUCUGUUUAAGUUUUAAUGAUAUACUAGUUUACAUGUUGUUAAUAAAGAGCUAUUGUAUUUAAGAACAAUUAUGUCAAGAUUCCUUCAGCAGUACUUUUAUAUGUUUACAUGUAUGCAUAACUAUAUCUGGAGGUUGUAUCAUAAUUGUUAUUUUUAAAUUGCACAAUUUGCUUAUGUAUAUAUACCUGGUAAUUUAUGUACUAUUUAUAUUUAUUUGCUUAAAACAGACCAUGACUGUCUGUCACCUAGGA